AUGUCGUCUCCAACAGUCUCUCUGUCGUGGCCCUCGUCGUCGCUCUUCCGAUUCCCUCCCAGCAAUGAUCCCCGAGUCCUUCCACCUCAGCAAGCUGGCUCAACACUGUCUGCGCCGCCAUUCUCCAUUCCUUCCUCGCUAUACAUCAGCGCCCUCAACGUUAAAGUCCCAAUCACAAUCGCCAGCAUUUAUGCAGUUACCGUAGUAUCCUUGAACGCAUAUAACAGAUCCGGAGGAAACAAGCCAUGGCGGAUCAGCAAGACCAGAGCUUUCUUUUGCUUCGUCGUACUGCACAAUGUGUUUUUGGCUGUAUAUUCGGCUUGGACCUUUGUCGGCAUGCUGGGUGCUCUUCGGACAACUGUCCAGCGGCCAUCUGGACCUGCUGGGUUCGCAGGCACGGUGGACAGUCUGUGCAAGAUUCAUGGUGUCUCUGGCCUAGGGAAUGCCAUCGCAUACAAUGGCUCGGAAUCAAAAUGGAUCUCUCAGUCACCCUCGACAAUUCUGCUUACCGGGGCGGGAGCACCGGAUUCGACCGAUGUGGGAAGAUUGUGGAAUGAGGGUCUUGCAUUCUAUGGCUGGUUUUUCUACCUGAGCAAGUUCUAUGAGGUUCUGGACACGGCAAUUAUCUUAGCAAAGGGGAAGAGAAGUUCCACACUUCAGACCUACCACCAUGCUGGCGCUAUGAUGUGCAUGUGGGCUGGUAUUCGUUACAUGUCGCCUCCGAUAUGGAUGUUCGUCUUUGUGAAUUCUGCAAUUCACACCCUGAUGUAUACUUACUACACUUUGACCGCUUUCUCAGUGCCGAUCCCAAAUACACUCAAGCGAAGUCUGACGACAAUGCAAAUCAUUCAGUUUCUUGUUGGAGUAGCCUAUGCUGCCUUCCACUCCUUUGUCUCAUAUAGCAUCCCCGUCCGAGUACCCUAUCUGAAGGAUGCAAUAUCUGUCACGGCCAACGCAACUUCAUCAGCCGCCGCAACAGCCACGGCAGCAAGUGUCAUGGACAUAAUCAAGAAGCUUCUUUUUCGCGCCGUAGGUGGAGAAGGGGUAGCCGAGAAUGUCAAUGCUGCACAUACGCCUGGGAUCAUAGAACAAACAAAUUCCUUGGCUGGUACGGCCCAGUAUCGCACGGAAUACCAAACGGUACCGUGCAUUGACACAAACGGUCAGACUUUUGCCAUCUGGCUGAACGUUUUCUAUCUCGCGCCAUUGACAUUCCUCUUUGGGCGAUUUUUCGUCAAGAGCUAUCUCCGACGUAGCGAUAAGAUGACUAGCCAUGCUUCUGGAAAUGUAGAGAAGGCGGGAAUAGAUGCUGUGAAGGGAGUCGAGAGGAGUUUCAACGGUGGCUUGGCGAACGGCGGGAAGAUGAACGGGAACGGCAAGGCCAAUGGAAAACAUUGA